AUGGACCACCAACAACAGGAUCGCUACGACGGUAGCUACAACAACCAAAACGCCCAGCCAUACGCGGGCAACAUGGCCUCCAACAUCACACCCCCGCGCCCAGGAACACCAAACACGGACGGCAGCCGCAAUCCCUUUGGCGAUACCCCCGAGCCUGUCGCCAACCAGCGACUCGCCACUGCCACCGGCACAAAUCCUUUUGGCACACCGGCUGUUUCGCGGCCUGCCUCCAGCUUUGGCUCCUCUAGCGCUGUCGGACCCCGAUUCGAAGAGCGCGCACAGCGCUUCUUUCACUCGCGUCGAGUGGCCAAGGGCGACGUUGAGAAGCCGUGGCUGCAGAAAAAGGACAAGAAGGAGAAAUGGGUUACCAUUAUUCCCGUCAUCGGUAUCCUCAUCGGUCUCGGCAUUUCUGGCUUUCUAGUCUGGGAUGGUCUCCGCAGUGUCGUCCACCACAAGUACUGCCCACUUAUGGAUGAGAACUUCGACAACGGCUUUGACAGCAGCGUCUGGACCAAGGAGGUUCAGGUCGGUGGAUUUGGCAAUGGCGAGUUUGAAAUGACCACUGCCGGCGACGAAAAUGUCUACGUCGACAACGGUAAUCUCGUCAUCAAGGCCACCCUCCAGGACGCCGACAAGAUGGAAAAGACCACCACCAUUGAUCUCCAAAAGGACGGCACUUGCACCUCGACCAACUUUUACGACUGUGUCGCCGUCACCAACACGACUGCCGGCAACUCUAGCGUUGUGCCACCCGUCAAGUCUGGCCGCAUCCACACUAAGAAGGGAGCCACCCUCAAGUACGGCCGCAUCGAGGUCACAGCCAAGCUCCCCCAGGGCGAUUGGCUAUGGCCUGCUAUUUGGAUGAUGCCCGUCAAGGACACGUACGGACCCUGGCCCGCGUCCGGUGAAAUCGACAUUAUGGAGUCGCGUGGCAACAACUGGACCUAUUCGCAGGGCGGCAAUAACAUUGUCUCGUCUGCGCUGCAUUGGGGUCCUGACCCUGCCAACGACGCCUGGUGGAAGACAAACAACAAGCACAAGAUUCUGCGCGGCAACUUUGGCGACGAGUACAGCACGUUUGGCCUCGAGUGGUCGCAAAAGUACCUAUUCACCUACGUCAACACGCGCCUGAUGCAGGUCCUCUACACCAACUUCAACAAGCCAAUGUGGCAGCGCGGCGCCUUUCCCCAGACGAACAACAACGGCAGUCGCCUGGCUGAUGUGUGGAGUCAGACCGGCCGCAAGAACACGCCCUUUGAUCAGGAGUUUUACCUCAUCAUCAAUCUGGCUGUCGGCGGCACCAACGGUUGGUUCGAGGACAACAAGUCGCUCAAGCCUUGGGUCAAUGGAUCGCCCAAUGCUAAAAAGGACUUUUGGACUGCCCGCGAAGACUGGUAUCCCACGUGGAAGCAGCCUCAGAUGGAGAUUAAGCGCGUGCUGAUGCUGAAGCAGUGCGACGGCAACGAGGAGCUGUAA